UUUCUGUCUCACGUCACAUUCUCAACCGCGUGCAUGCAUGCAUUCAUGACUUUUCAACCCAUGUCGAAGACCCUCAAGACUGAGACCGUGGAGCUCUCUCACAUUUCAAAUUGUCUGCAUUCCACGUGCUGCCCCUUCGUCGAGAUGCCCCCGCUCAAACAGUGCCCGAAGUCAACUCGCUUCUCGCGACGCCGUGAUGCCUCUCGUUCUUUGCCCACCACUGUGCUAGCGACGCGAGCCCUGGACGAUAUGUACGACGGCAUCGCCCACAUGCCGACCUCACGUUCGUCACUUCUCUCACUGCCUGCGACCUCUCUUCACUCUGUUCGAUCUUCUUCCUCGUGCCCUCGAGCCCCAUGCCUCGCCGAAAGAAGUUGACCACCGUCAACCUGAGCUCCGGGGGCUCUUACUCCAGUCAAACUACCGAUGACGUCUGCACACUUGACGACCUCGCCCGCAAAUAUGAGGAGGCCUUGUCGGAGACCCGUCCCACGACGUUGUAUGCACCGAAUACUAUCUACCACGUUGAACGCAUUCAGCGUCUCUUCGAGGAGUACGUGCUAUGAUCUGUGAUGGAUUUGAGCGCCUGUUGACUCUGCAAAGAUACUGUGGCAAGGUCCAGCUUGAUCCAAAGGUGACACUGCGCGAGUGCGCCACGGCUCGGAUGGAGAACUUCCUGCAUUGGCUGCUCCAGACUUUCACCAUUAAGAAAACCAGCACGCUAACGACCUACUGGCGGCAAUUGAGUCAGCUGUACAUCAUGUGGACACAGCGUCGUAUGGACCCGGCCGUGAUGAGACAAAUCUUCGUGUUUAUUGAAGGGCCGUUGACGGAAGAAUAUGGCAUGGACAACGAGGAGAUCGAGAAGCCCCUCAUGGAGGCGGACGAUUUCGUCGAGCUCAUUCGUUACCACUGGGCCUCGGAUAUCAACGGAUUUCCCAAUGAACGACAACGUCUCCAGUUGGCGGCGAUUCUGUUGCUGGCAGCUUUCACCGGGUCUCGACCUCAAGCAUUGUUGAACUUAACCUACGGCGAUCUGGACCUCUAUAUCGAGAAGAACACCGAGACUCACGCCGACAUGCUCCGGCUAGGCGUGAAAUUGACAAAGACGAAGUCCCGACAGAAGCGGAAACGACCGAAGACGUACACUUUCAAUCUAGACGAUAACCCAAUCUUCUGCGUCAUCACCCACGUUGUCAGCUUGGCUUUCGAUGACUCGGCUUUCGGGCCCCCCGAUCUUAAGUC